CCUCCUCCUCCUCCUUCCCUUCCUCAUCUUUCUCUUCCGCCACCGCCUCCACACCGCACCGCAUCUCCCACUGCCCCCGGGACCCCGUGGCUGGCCUCUUCUUGGCGCUUUACCUUUCCUCGGCCCCCUCCCCCAUGCCGCCCUCGCCGCCCUCGCCAAGCACUAUGGCCCCAUCAUGUAUCUCAAAAUAGGCACCCUCGGUUUUGCCGUCGCCUCGUCCCCUGCUGCCGCCCGUGCCUUCCUCCAGACCCUCGACCUCCCCUUCGCCGACCGCCCCCUCAACACCGUCGCCCGCCACGUUUCGUACGGCGGCCAGGACCUCGUAUUCGCCGACUACGGCCCCCUCUGGAAGCUCCUCCGCCGUCUCUCCACCACCCACCUCCUCGGUCCCCGCUCCCUCCCCCAAUGGGCCGCCGCCCGCCGGUCCGAGGCCGGCCACACGGUCCGGUCCAUCCUCGACCUGAGCCUCCGGGGCGAGCCGGUCCGGGUCCAGGAGGUGGCGAUGGUGGCGCUGGCUAACAUGCUGGGGCUCGCGACACUGAGCCGCCGGGUGUUCGACUCGGAUGGGGAAGAGUCGGGCGAGUUCAAGAGCAUGAUCCUGGAGGUGAUGAGGCUCGGGGCAUUGACCAACGUAGGGGACAUGGUACCGAGCAUCGCAUGGCUGGACGUGCAAGGAAUCGAGCGGUGCACCAAAAGGCUGCACGAGAGAUUCGAUGCGUUGGUGUCCCGAAUGCUUAGGGAGCACGAGGACACGGCCGACCAGCGGGAGGGGAAGCCGGACUUCGUGGAUUGUCUCUUGGCCGAUUGCAAAAGCUUGGAGGGUGAGGUGGCGCUCUCUGAUGCCAACAUCAAGGGACUCGUUCUGGAUAUGUUCAUUGCUGGAACAGACACAUCGUCAAUUGCAAUCGAGUGGGCAAUUGCUGAAUUGUUGAAGAACCAUUCCAUCCUCAAGCGUGCGCAUCUCGAGUUGGACGAAGUAAUUGGCAGAGACCGCAUGCUGGAAGAAUCUGACAUACCGAAGCUCCCAUACCUUCAGGCAAUAUGCAAAGAAGUGUUUCGGAUGCACCCUACAACACCUCUAAGCCUCCCACACUUAUCCAACCAAGCAUGUGAGGUUGAAGGUUACUGCAUCCCUAAAGGAACCAGGCUCUUAGUCAAUAUUUGGGCCAUUGGGAGGGAUCCUGAAAUAUGGGAGAACCCACUCGAGUUUAAUCCUGAAAGGUUCUUAGGUGGUAAGGGUGCCAAUAUAGACUUGCAAGGCACUGACUUUAAGCUAAUGCCAUUUGGAGGUGGGAGAAGGAUUUGUGUGGGUAAAAAUCUGGGCAUUCUUUUCGUGCAAUACAUCGUAGGCACGCUGCUGCACUCAUUUGAUUGGGUAAUGCCUGACGGAGAGGCGCUCAACAUGGAAGAGGCACCUGGCCUUGCACUUCAGAAAGCUGUGCCGGUUAAUGCAUUGGCAAAACCACGCCUAGCAUCUAGUGCAUAUGAUGAGUGACGAGGUUUUGGAUUACCAGCAACAGGUUGGAGCUAUAUAUAUAUAUAUAUAUAUGUAAUAUAUAGUUCUGGUUUUUCUUUUUCCUUUUCUGGGUGAAAUAUGUAUUGGUUGCAAUAAUGUGAAUUCCAUGAACUAGGACUUGCCCUGGCCCAUUGGAAAUCACAGUGAGCGUGGGUUUGCUUCUCUUUUCCGUCUCUCUUUCAGGCGCGCGAGCGCGCGCACACACACAGACCAAAUGUGAAUCCCAAUGUGUGCUCUUACAUGCCACAUUAUUUAAGUUAUAUAUGUCGUUCGAAUACUUUUCCAGCUGAUAUGUUUGUGUGCACAUGUAUAAAUAUCAUAUUUCAAAUACAAAGUUCAUU